UAUUAUCUGUUAUUUAUGGUUAUGACUUUGAAGUACGGGAGGAGCGUUUUUUAUCUUUCAAAGCAGGAUGGCACUAGAAAGAUUUUAUUCACCCUAUUGUGUUUGUGGUGUGCUAUUCAUUCAACAAAAACAGCUCAGGAAUCAACAACUGAGCCUACAACUACAGCUGCAGAAACCACGACUACAGCUUCAACAACAACUGAACUUCCCACGCCUAAAUCAGUUCCAACCUCGUCUGAUUCUCAAGGUACAACAACAGAGGCUCCAACCACAACAGUUACUUCAGAAACAACAACUGCAGCUGAAACAACAAAUGCACCAAUCACAUCUCCCACUACAACAACAACAGCUCCAACUUCAUCUGAAUCUCCAGCUGCAACAACAGUUGUAACUUCAGAAACCACAACUCUUCCUUCGACAACAAUUUCUACAACUUCAGAAACAACAAUUGCAAUUGAAACAACAAAUGCAGCAUCCACAACCCCAACUGAACCUUCCACUAGUACAUUAGCUCCAACAUCCUCUGUAGCUCAAAGUACAACAGCACAGACCACAGUGCCUCUUGUAACCACAACUACUGAAUCUGUCACAACCACAAGUGUUAGUCCAGAAACCUCAACUGUUCUAUCAACGACAAUUUCUACAACUUCAGAAACUUCAACUGCACCUCCUACGACCACAACUACCGCUGAACCCACAACAUCUCCUGACCUCACAACAACUCAAGCUCCCACAACCACAGUUGUCAGUACAGAAACAACACUUCUUACUUCAACAGUGCUGCCUACAACUUCGGAAAGUACAACAGCAGAAACUACCACUACAGCUUCAACAACCACAACUUCAUCUCCCACUACUACAACAUCAGCAGCUCCAACUUCAUCUGAAUCUCCAACUGCAACAACAGUUAUAACUUCAGAAACAACAACACUUGCUUCAACAUCGACACUUGCUUCAACAACAAUUUCUACAUCUUCAGAAACUUCAACUACAUCUCCUUCGACCACAACUACCGCUGAACCCACAACAUCUCCUGACCUCACAACAACUCAAGCUCCCACAACCACAGUUGUCAGUACAGAAACAACACUUCUUACUUCAACGGUGCUGCCUACAACUUCAGAAAGUACAACAGCAGAAACUACCGCUACAGCUUCAACAACCACAACUUCAUCUCCCGCUACUACAACAUCAGCAGCUCCUACUUCAUCUGAAUCUCCAACUGCAACAACAGUUAUAACUUCAGAAACAACAACACUUGCUUCAACAACAACACUUGCUUCGACAACAAUGCCUACAACUUCAGAAACUUCAACUGCACCUCCUACGACCACAACUACCGCUGAACCCACAACAUCUCCUGACCUCACAACAACUCAAGCUCCCACAACCACAGUUGUCAGUACAGAAACAACACUUCUUACUUCAACAGUGCUGCCUACAACUUCGGAAAGUACAACAGCAGAAACUACCACUACAACUUCAACAACCACAACUUCAUCUCCCACUACUACAACAUCAGCAGCUCCAACUUCAUCUGAAUCUCCAACUACAACAACAGUUAUAACUUCAGAAACAACAACACUUGCUUCAACAACAACACUUGCUUCGACAACAAUGCCUACAACUUCAGAAACUUCAACUGCACCUCCUACGACCACAACUACCGCUGAACCCACAACAUCUCCUGACCUCACAACAACUCAAGCUCCCACAACCACAGUUGUCAGUACAGAAACAACACUUCUUACUUCAACAGUGCUGCCUACAACUUCGGAAAGUACAACAGCAGAAACUACCACUACAGCUUCAACAACCACAACUUCAUCUCCCACUACUACAACAUCAGCAGCUCCAACUUCAUCUGAAUCUCCAACUACAACAACAGUUAUAACUUCAGAAACAACAACACUUGCUUCAGCAACAACACUUGCUUCGACAACAAUGCCUUCAACUUCAGAAACUUCAACUACACCUCCUACGACCACAACUACCGCUGAACCCACAACAUCUCCUGACCUCACAACAACUCAAGCUCCCACAACCACAGUUGUCAGUACAGAAACAACACUUCUUACUUCAACAGUGCUGCCUACAACUUCGGAAAGUACAACAGCAGAAACUACCACUACAGCUUCAACAACCACAACUUCAUCUCCCACUACUACAACAUCAGCAGCUCCAACUUCAUCUGAAUCUCCAACUACAACAACAGUUAUAACUUCAGAAACAACAACACUUGCUUCAACAACAACACUUGCUUCGACAACAAUGCCUACAACUUCAGAAACUUCAACUGCACCUCCUUCGACCACAAGUACAACUGAACCCACAACAUCUCCUGACCUCACAACAACUCAAGCUCCCACAACCACAGUUGUCAGUACAGAAACAACACUUCUUACUUCAACAGUGCUGCCUACAACUUCGGAAAGUACAACAGCAGAAACUACCACUACAGCUUCAAUAACCACAACUUCAUCUCCCACUACUACAACAUCAGCAGCUCCAACUUCAUCUGAAUCUCCAACUACAACAACAGUUAUAACUUCAGAAACAACAACACUUCCUUCAACAACAACACUUGCUUCGACAACAAUGCCUACAACUUCAGAAACUUCAACUGCACCUCCUACGACCACAACUACCGCUGAACCCACAACAUCUCCUGACCUCACAACAACUCAAGCUCCCACAACCACAGUUGUCAGUACAGAAACAACACUUCUUACUUCAACAGUGCUGCCUACAACUUCGGAAAGUACAACAGCAGAAACUACCACUACAGCUUCAACAACCACAACUUCAUCUCCCACUACUACAACAUCAGCAGCUCCAACUUCAUCUGAAUCUCCAACUACAACAACAGUUAUAACUUCAGAAACAACAACACUUGCUUCGACAACAACACUUGCUUCGACAACAAUUUCUACAUCUUCAGAAACUUCAACUACAUCUCCUUCGACCACAACUACAGCUGAACCCACAACAUCUCCUGACCUCACAACAACUCAAGCUCCCACAACCACAGUUGUCAGUACAGAAACAACACUUCUUACUUCAACAGUGCUGCCUACAACUUCGGAAAGUACAACAGCAGAAACUACCACUACAGCUUCAACAACCACAACUUCAUCUCCCACUACUACAACAUCAGCAGCUCCAACUUCAUCUGAAUCUCCAACUACAACAACAGUUAUAACUUCAGAAACAACAACACUUGCUUCAACAACAACACUUGCUUCGACAACAAUGCCUACAACUUCAGAAACUUCAACUGCACAUCCUACGACCACAACUACCGCUGAACCCACAACAUCUCCUGACCUCACAACAACUCAAGCUCCCACAACCACAGUUGUCAGUACAGAAACAACACUUCUUACUUCAACAGUGCUGCCUACAACUUCGGAAAGUACAACAGCAGAAACUACCACUACAGCUUCAACAACCACAACUUCAUCUCCCACUACUACAACAUCAGCAGCUCCAACUUCAUCUGAAUCUCCAACUACAACAACAGUUAUAACUUCAGAAACAACAACACUUGCUUCAACAACAACACUUGCUUCGACAACAAUGCCUACAACUUCAGAAACUUCAACUGCACCUCCUACGACCACAACUACCGCUGAACCCACAACAUCUCCUGACCUCACAACAACUCAAGCUCCCACAACCACAGUUGUCAGUACAGAAACAACACUUCUUACUUCAACAGUGCUGCCUACAACUUUGGAAAGUACAACAGCAGAAACUACCACUACAGCUUCAACAACCACAACUUCAUCUCCCACUACUACAACAUCAGCAGCUCCUACUUCAUCUGAAUCUAAAAUUGCAACAACAACUGUAAACUUCAGAAACCACAACACUUGCUUCGACAACAACACUUGCUUCGACAACAAUUUCUACAUCUUCAGAAACUUCAACUACAUCUCCUUCGACCACAACUACCGCUGA